ACGACACACAGACUAUACGGAAGUGGAUUGACACGAAUGACAACAAGAAAGACGGAGAAAAGAUAAACACUUCCAAAAGGACACAUCGGUGAAGAUGACAUCUUCAUUUGUGGCGAGCUGAUGGAUCUAUCGACCCUGUUUUUUCCUUGAAUUGUGUUUUAAUUUGUGUUUUAUCAGACAACGACUGUCAUCGUCUUGUUAGAAUGCGUCUUUCCCACAGCAGCCUUUGCAUCUUAAAUCUUUUGGUUUUAACAGUUCCCUGCACCCUGGAGCUGUCCUUCAGUAAUGCGUAUUGUGAGCGUUCACCCAAAAUACUGCUAUCCAGACAAGGAGAGAUUCAAAACUCUGCCCACCAUGCCUGGUCUUCCCGCCCACUCAACUGCAGUUGGCUGAUAACCUCAAAAGUUGGAGAGCGUGUCAUCAUCAGUUUUUCCCAGUUUAGCAUGAGAUGUGGGCGAGAAUGGGUGUCUGUGGCUCCUCUCACUGGCAGGUCCAACAAACUCUGUGGUUCCCAGUUGCCACCACCAUUUGAGUUGACGGGCGGAAACAUAACAGUGACGCACCACUUCCUCCCCCAUUUUUACCCGGUAUCAGGGUUCCACCUUUCAUAUAUUAAAGACUCAGGUCCCUGUUUUCCAGGCGAAUUUGAAUGUUACAGUGAACGCUGUCUCCCAGCAUCAUGGCGGUGUAACGGACAGGUAGAAUGCCUUGGCGUGGGUGAUGAACUUGGUUCUGAUGAGGAUGGAUGCGAUGACAUCACUCCUGAACCUGACAUAGACUAUAUAAAUCACCCCCUUCCCACAGAAACCACAACCAUGGCUAUUCCGUUGUCCAACACAGAUGUGACACCACUUAAAGAACCCAAUGUUCGACUGGUGCCCAAAGGAGGACCAUGUGGGGGGUACUUAGAUGCGUUUUAUGGGUCAUUUACUCCUCCUGUACUAACAGGACACCCAUUGGAGUGUGUGUGGACGGUUGACCCCCGAGACUCGCGACCACUUAAACUAGAGCUCCAGCAACUGGAUCUGGGUCCUGGAGACACAAUCAUAAUCACAGAUCAGCCCCAUGGAUCAGGCAACAUCAUUAAAACUAUCAACUAUGUGUCCAAUAACAAAGCAGUGGAGGUGGAAUCCCACACUGGCUUGCUAACCCUGAUCUACCAUACACUAACUGCAUCGGAUGGGCAGGGCUUUAAUGCGACUUAUCGUAUUACGGAUUACUGCCUUCCAUGGGAGGGGCUUUGUGGGGGAUCAGAUGGAGGCUGUUACACCCUGAAGCAGCGUUGUGAUGGGCACUGGGACUGUCCUGAAACGGGCCUGGAUGAGGAAGGGUGCGGUGGCUGCCCGGCUGGACACUUCCUCUGUGGCAUGGGCGGGAUGCAGAAAGCAGGCCACCAGCAGGGCAAACCAAACUGCUUCUCCAUCCAUGAGCGUUGCAACUACCAGCUCAACUGUGCAGAUGGCAGUGAUGAGAGAGAAUGCACCAUCUGCCAACCUGGGACAUUUCACUGCGACAGUGACAGGUGUGUAUUUGAGAGCUGGCGCUGUGAUGGACAGGUGGACUGUAAGGAUGGCACAGAUGAGCUAAACUGCACUGUGACCCUGCCCCGAAAAGUUAUCACAGCGGCUACCGUUGGAAGCUUAGUUUGCGGACUGCUGCUAGUCAUUGCAAUGGGCUGCACCUGCAAGCUGUACUCGCUGCGCACUCGAGAGUACAGCAUGUUCGCACCAAUCACUAGACAGGAGGCAGAACUGAUCCAGCAGCAGGCCCCGCCCUCCUAUGGUCAGCUGAUUGCUCAGGGAAUCAUUCCACCUGUGGAAGACUUCCCUACUGAGAACCCUAAUGAAACCGCCACACUCUCUUUGAGAGGAAUACUACAGCUCCUCAGGCAAGACAAUGCUUCCUCUCCACGACGAAGACGCAGGCCACGGUUUGUCCGCAGAGCUGUCCGUCGCCUGAGAAGGUGGGGCUUAAUUCCCCGGCCUGUUCCCAGGUCAUCACAGACCACCACCUCUGCCUCGCAACAGACAGAGGCUCCUACUUCUGCCUCUGUGCCCAGCCAAUCAAGUCCUGGAGUUUCCUCAGUGGCUGCAGAAGUUGCCAGUCAGCCCUUGCCUCAGAAACUGUGUUUAUCCCAUCAGACAGAGCUGCAGCAGCAGCAAGCAGAGGCUCCUCCCUCUGUCCAGCCUAUCCAUGCCCCUGAAAUGCAACAGACCCCGCCCAUAACUGUACCCCCUAGCAGCCCCUCCCUGGUAUCUCUCUUCCACAUGCUGGGGAGGAGUAUCUCCCGUUUCAGACCCUCCCCGUCUCCUACCUCUCUUCCUCUCUCUGCAUCUCCCUCUUUUUCCUUUUCUUCUUCAGAGGAUGAAGUGCUGCUCAUCCCUCUCUCUGAUGACACAACCUCUGAAGAUGAUGUGCCCAUGCUGACAUGAGCUACUCUUAUUGAAACCAUUAUUCUGUAUUUCUCUCUCUUCAUGACUGUGUCUCUCCCUCCAUGAAGUUCUCUCUCUCCCUUUCAGCACGUAAACGUCACCAUGUUUGCUUCUUGUGCUGGCUUGGUGCCUUAUCUUCUAUUAAUGCAUCUGUUUUCCUUACUUGAGAAAAGACAUGACAUGAGAAAAAGUAUUGAAUUAUGUGUGUCAAAAUAUUUGACAAGCGACUGUGUGCAUACAGAUUUGUGUGUGUGUGUGUGUGUGUGUGUGUGUAUGUGUGUGUGUGGUGCACUUAUUUAAACAUUUACAGAGAAAAAAACAUUUGCACAGAGAAUCUUCCCCCAGCUGGCUUAGGAAAUGCCAUGAAGUGACUACAAUUCUUAAAACUGACCUGGUAAGAUUGAUUUUAUUUAGAAUUGCUUUUUUUAUUCUUUCAGCCAUGGUUGUGUGUGUGUAUAUACAAGUGAGUUUACCUUAUAAUGUUACAGGUCACACAUUUUCUUGUGUGUGUUCCUAAGAAGUGCCUUUGAUUGAGCUUCUUGUAGAUCACUAAACAGUAUGUGUGUAUGUAUGUGCUUUCACGUAGGGCCAAACACACAUGCACAAAAGUUUAAGCAAAUGUAGAACUCACCCUUGCUAUGUAUAUUGUAGUGCAUGGCAUCUGUGGCAAUAACUUAAUAAAAAAAACUGUGUGUAUGUGAGUCUGAGAGAGAGAGAGAGAGAGAGAGAAAGAGGACGGAAGUGGUUUGUCACUCAGUUGAGAUGAUCCCUCUCAGUGCCCAAGGUUACACUCACACCUCUGUGUGCACCACCAACCAGAAUGACAUCACUAUUAUAUCACAAUGACUUGAAUAUGUCUUUCAAAAUACAGAUUUAUUACUUUCAAGUUCCUGGCUCAAUGGAUAAUCAACAGAUGACCAGUCAUAGUGCCAUAUCUCUAGUCACAUGUUUUUAGCUACUUUUACAAUCAUUUCACUCCUCUUACACUGUUGAUUGUUGUUUUUACUUAAUGUAUUUUAUUAAUGCCAAGAUGUUAAACUCUCUUCUGCUGAGUGGUGAUUGCAAUAGAAAGAGGAAUUAUCGUAGAAUAAUUGAUUGUAGUAGGACGAAUUUCACUGUAUAUAUUUGCUAAACCAGCUGGAAAAUCCACAAAGAUUAAAAUUAUUUGCACUUUUA